GUCAAAACGCUAGAUUUGUGAUCUCUUUUCCACUACCAUGGGUUCUUCAAAGCACUUCAACCCGUAUCAAAACAUUGUCCGCAAAUUAGUAUCCUUAUGCCGUGUUUCCCCGCCCAUGAGAUCAGAGGCCGCCAUCUGGCCGAGAUCCAUGUAGUCAGAUCUGUCGAGCUGUAUCCGAUUUCAUAACAUAUCUCUUUAACCGUGUCUCAAACGAGCUAGCUCACCUAGCCUUCACCAUAGUCGCGUUCCAAAACAUCUUACAUCAAACAACCUCACUCUAUCACCCGUUUCCUCUACUCAAACCAAAUACCACCCCUGAAUAUGGCUUCAUGGAGGCCUUCAACACAAUAUAACUUGAUCAAUCACUCGCUGGUCCGAGAUCCGGACCAGUACGUGGUCGUGUCACCGUACUUCAACGUACCGGGGUGCUGGCUCCAUGAGAAAGAGUCCUCUAGCCUUCAAACACACGCCACCACACCAUCUUCGUUCGACCAGUCAGACCCCUUCUCUGGCUGUACAGAAUCAGAAGGGUUUUCGUUUGCUUCGUUUUCGGAGCAUACCAGGGUGUCUUAUGGCAGUGAAUGCGAUCCGCUCUUUGAGCUUGGCGAUCCAGCGUUUUCCGUUCACCCACCUGUACAGCGCCUGACUAUGGCUCAAGUCUUGGCAGACCACGCUAGCGACAUGAAAUACGCCGCACUCCAGUUCCGCGACCCGUUUCCUUCCACAUACACACCACACCCCCAACGGAACAUUCUAUCACAAGCCACGUGGACUACUUUACCAGCCUGUAUACUGGACAUCUACUACACCAUGCCCGCGAGCACGCCCGAAUACUCAACUGCGUCCCCACUUUCUCCGCCCCCCGAAAGUGACACUGUCGAGCCUCUAACCCCCGACGCCCCCCAGGCCCCCGGCAGUAGUACUCGAUCUAUCCUCAACAACUCGGAUAUUAUCAGCCGAAUCUCCGACCUCACAGCCGCUUGUCAGGAUAAGCCCAGGAAUGAUAGUCCACCAGAGGGCCCCUUUCAAGAAGCCGCGUUGAAAAAGAAGGCGGUAUCCGAGAGGCAGGCGGAUCCUCGUCUUGCACCCGCGAUCGAACUCGCCAAGACAUUCUUGUCACACUUCUAUCCUGCCUCACAGGGCUUCUCCCUCCGCGAGACCGCGUUCGACACCAUGCAACACGGUAGAUGUGGAUGGAAUAUCGAAGUCAAAACCGCACCAGGAUAUUCUGCUGUCUUGCACCGUAUCCCCACCGAAUGCAUCGCCGGCUUCCUCGUCGAGAACACCUGCGAGGUGGACGAUGACGCGACUCCGGACGGCAAGCGCAAAACUCCGAUCGUUGUUACUGCCAUGGCUAUUAUGGCUGACGACCUGAGCACCGAAAGUACAUGGGUGCCGUAUCCAACUGUCACGCUUGGCGACAUUAUGAGCUACGACCUCGGUAAGAUUGCGGGAGUUGCUAUAACGAACUGCUUCAUCUUGAUUGGAACUCAGCUUCAGCUCUGGACCUGGGACUCUACCAAGUCUGAGGGUCUCAUGAUGCGUCCAUACAAGCACCAGGAUAGGGUGCUUGCCAAAAUGGGUAGCACUUUCAAGCUUGCCGUGGAGGGAAAGCAUUGGGAGUAUAAUUUGAAGUUGUUCGAUCGGGUGAUGACCGAUGCUAUCAAAUCGGACGUGGUCUACACAGACGGCAGUAGAAUCGAUGGAGUCUACGUGGAUUAAGGAUCUCGGUCCUGGAGCUCUGCGAUUUGGAUAUGGCAUUGAACACUCGGGAUGGCUGGUUUGCACCAUCCGCAUUGGACGAUACUCAUAGGUAGGCGUUCUCGGUGGCAAGGAGUUACUGCUCUUUUGGGUAUGCGUAGAUAGUUCGAAAGCCCAAACAUGCGCUUGCCUGCUUUACUUUGCAAUCUCUUUAACUCCCUUUCUGCUUCAGUAUACGUUCAUCGUACAACAAC